AUGUUUGGUGGAUGGUUUCCGCACACCAGUGAACCAUCCGACUUCAGCAAUUCGGAACCACCGUGUAGUAUCAGUGGUGUUUUGUUAGCCUCGGUUUUUGUGGUUCCCUAUCUGGCGUUCUUGGUGGUUCUGCCAGGAAUUCGCGGUAAACGUGUCAUCAGUCUCGUCACGCUCACAAUCAAUUUCUUCGUUGGAGGCGCAUUGAUAUCCUCAAUAGUGUACCCAGGAUGGGCGAUCGGUCAAGCGAGAAUCGUUUCUCAAUUCCGUGCACACACUCGAGAACGAAUCCUUUCAAGACUUGGUGUCAACGUCGGUCUCACACAUCUCAACAUCACGCUGAGACAUGAAAGACAGUAUCAGGAUGCCACUGACAAAGAUGAUCAUUUCAUGGGAACUGUUCCCAACUUCACAAAACUCUACUUUAAUGAGAGAUUUGAUAUCAGUGGCGUCUCAUCGAUGGCAGAAGCAUUACGCAAUGCGUAUUUUCACGGUCUUCCAUAUCCAAUUUUAUCAGUACUCGAAUAUUUCUCUUUAAAUCAAGAUUCAUUUGAUUGGGGAAGGCAUUAUCGAGUAGCCGGGCAUUACGCCUAUGCAGCAAUGAGUUUGGCGACAGCUUUUUGGUCAUUGGCUAUCGUUUGUCAAUUGUUUCUUCCACAUAUGUAUGGAUGCGCUCAACUUGCUUGUGGUCUCGCGUCAAUUGGUGGCAUCAUUAUUUAUGUGUUGAUUUCACCAGCUGAAUUGCUCAUCGCUUUUGUGGGAGAAGAUGGGAAUCGGACUAUUAUGGACAUGAAAUUUGGAUGGUGCUUUUAUCUCAUCAUUGCACAAGCAAUUCUUUCGAUUGCUUUUGGACUAUCAUUGAUGCUUCUUCAACAUUUCCGUCUCUAUAGUCUUUCCACUUUCCUCGAUGCAUCACUUGAUGAGACGGUCGGUCCUUCAAAGAGACGAAAUCUGGCCCUCACAGAGACGAAAUCCGGCCAAGACAAUGCUAGCUCGCUUGAAGUGAUGAGGCGAGCAAAAACAUCGACAGCUGUCGAACCAUGCUCGACGAGUCAACACAGUAAACACUCGAGUGGAAUUCAUUCGAGAAGUAGUUACUCCACCGACACCGCCAGCAUACACAGCAGCGGCUCAUUCGGUUCAGUGAAAUCUCUUUCACCACCGGCUCGAAAUCUGACUCUUCGUAGUCGAAAGUCUGAAGAGUUGCAGAUUCAAUCACUCAUGGAUAUGAGGAUAUCGAUCGCGAUUCUCAUCUCGCUCAUUGGAUGUUGCUCGUGUGCUUGUGUGACGCUCUACUGUACACCAUUGCCCAAAUUCACGUCAACGGUGGAAUGCAAUGAGUGCUCACAAUGUGGGAAACUUGGAUUCAAAUUCUGUGGAGCGACCUCUCCAUCGACUUGUGGUUGUGCGUCAAUGCCUCCACAAGGAUGUCACUUUGGACUUCAAUCGAAUACGAGCGCUUUACAAAGAACGACUUUUUGCCAUGUGCUCGAUGCCCCUCAGCUGCCCACACCGACAAUUCGUCGACUUGGACGAUCAGCUAUAUCUAUUGUGGUGCCCCGUUUCUUCAAAGAACAACCCUUCAAUGCGUUCAAUUUGCACAAUUUAGUCAUUUUUGCCAGCUUUCCCAUUAAGAAUGGCACAGAUAUUUGUGUCUCGAAAUAUCAUAUUGAAGCCGAGAAUCGAGGAGCACAAUGUGUACUCCGAAUUCCCCUCUCGAUGCCCGGAAUUGAUCACAAAACCGAUUAUGUCUACUAUUAUGAUGAUGGAUCAGAAAUGGAAUCGGAAAUUUCGAACGAUUUCUUUGGUGGAGCGCCUUCUGUUGAAAUUUGGCUCGAGGUGACAACGACCGACAAAGUGAGAAUCGAUCGUCGUGGUCUUCGUUUCCACAAUCGUCUUCAGUCUCCAAAAAUUACACAAACUUUUCAAAUGCUCAACCCG